CAACUUCCUACUUGGCCCGUCCCAGAUGUGCUAAACCCCCGAUCCGAGCACCGAAGUACAACUCCCACGGACUCGGGUGCUGCAGGAAGGUCGGGGUACCUGCCCAUGGGGGACCAGUCUCCCCCCAAAAGCUAGUCCUCUCCGAUGGGGCCAGCGGCGAGAUCAUCAAGUCACAGAAAGAGUUUGAAAUCCUGUGACCCAGAUGAAGAGCCCGUACCCACCAGUAUGUGAUUAUCAAGCCCACAAACAUAAUUCAAUCGAAAUUAUUCUCCGGGGUCUCCACGGCCCUCAUACGAGAGCGUUACAUGCCGAGGGCGAAUGGAUAUAAACCGAGUGAGUCUUCUUUUUUUUUUCUUUCUUUCCCCAGAGUACCUUUCUACAAUCUGUCCAUCUCACCCGGUCAAGAUGGUCUCCCUUUUUAGAGGCAAGGCCCUUCGGGUGGCUCAGGCGCUUCUCAUUGUGGCUCCUGCUUUCAUUGUCUUCGGUUAUAACCAAUCCGGACUAGGGCCCCUCGCAACUUUGCAGAGUUGGGUGAAGGUCUUUCCUGAAAUCGACACUAUCAACACGCAUGGUGCCCAGCGCGCAAAGAACUCUACAAGCAAAGGUGUUGUGAUUGCGUCCAUGCAACUUGGUGCCCUCGUGGGAGCUCUAUCAUGUACAGCAUUUGGUGAUCGACUUGGUCGACGAAAGACCAUCUUCCUCGGCGCUAUCCUUACAAUCAUCGGUCAAUUACUCCAGACCGCCGCCUACGGUCUACCCCAGUUUAUUGUUGGCCGUGUUAUCCUCGGUCUUGGUAUUGGUCAAUUCAGCGUUGCGGUCCCCGUCUGGCAGUCCGAAUGUACUUCGGCCAAACACCGUGGGCAACACGUUAUCGUUGACGGUAUCUGUAUCUGUUUGGGUUACACCCUGUGCAAUUGGAUUGACUUUGGUCUCAGCAAAGUCAGUGGCUCUCUGCAAUGGCGGGUUCCGCUUGUGGUCUCCUUCUUCUUCUCGCUGGUUGUCUUGGCUGCGGUUUUCCUGCUCCCCGAGUCCCCUCGAUGGCUCGUCAGCGUUGGCCGUAUCGAAGAGGCCACGGAGAGUCUUGCUGCCUACAAGGGAGUCCCGGAUGACGACGAGUCGGUCCGCGUGGAAAUCGCCGGUAUCGAGACUUCGUUGGAAACUUCAGCCGAUAGCGCUUCCCUCAAGGAUAUCUUCAACUUCAACAAGCCCGAUGAGGAGCGCCUGUUGUACCGCUUCUGCCUCUGUGUUGCGCUGCAGUUCUUCCAGCAGAUGUGUGGUGGAAACUUGAUCUCGACUUAUAUUUCCACUAUCUUCGAAGAGGAUCUGGGCAUGACCAGUGAUCUUGCCCGUAUUCUGAGCUCUUGUGCCAUGACCUGGAAGUUCCUGUGCUCUUUCAUCGCUUUCUUCGCCAUUGACCGACUCGGCCGCCGAAAGAUCUUCAUGAUUAGCGGUACCGGCAUGUCCGUCUGCAUGAUGGCCCUGGCCAUCACGAACAGCUUCAAAGACAACCGUGCUGCAGCGAUCACGUCUGCCUUUUUCAUGUUCUUGUUCAACAGCUUCUAUCCCGUUGGGUUCCUCGGUGGAAACUUCCUUUACUGUACCGAGGUCGCUCCAAUGCGUCUCCGUGUCGCCAUGUCCGCCAUAUCCACUGCCAAUCACUGGCUGUGGAACUUUGUGGUUGUCAUGAUCACACCGGUUGCCCUUGACACUAUCGGGUACAGAUAUUAUAUUGUGUAUGCCGUUAUCUCAGCAUGCAUUCCUGUCUCGGUCUACUUCUUCUACCCCGAGACCAUGAACCGCAACCUCGAGGCAUUGAACCACGUGUUCCGUGAUGCCUCCACACCUUGGCAGAUUGUCAAUAUGGCUCGCCAUUUGCCUCAAGGUGAGGCUGCUGAGGUGGACGUGUGGAUGCGGGCAGAGGAAAAGGGGAUAGUUGAGCAGAAGGAGGACGCUUAA